AUGGCUGGUGCUGGAGUCAAUGGACCCCGUUGGACUGAUGACUGCCUCAAAGAGGUCCUCUGCUUCAAGUGCACCCCACUGCCCUCGUCCUUACUGGGCUUCAGUGCUGAGGAUCUUGAUCUCUCAAAUGCUGAGUCUUUAGAUACCUUCCGGUGCCUCUUCCUCAUUAUCAGCGAGGAUGAUGACAGUGAAGAGUCCAGCAGCGCAGAAGAUGAUGCUAUGCUGCGUUCAGACAAGGGCUCAUGUUCUACCUGGGGUGCAGGGCAUUUCUCCACCUUUGAUAAUUAUUUGUAUGACUUCUCUGGAUCCUGCAACUACAUCUUCACCACCGUGUGCAAUGAUGUUAGUCCAGACUUCAACAUCCAGUUCCGCCGCGGGGUGAACAAAAAAAUUACAAGAAUCAUCAUAGAGUUGGGACCUGUCGUCAUCACAGUUGAAAAGAACAUCAUUGUGCUCAAGGAUGUUGGUGUCAUCAAGUUGCCAUAUACCAGCAAUGGAAUCCAAAUUGCUCCUUUUGGACGCACUGUCCGCCUGGUGACCAAGCUGAUGGAGAUGGAGCUGGAAGUCAUCUGGAACAAUGACGACUAUCUCAUGGUUAUGGUUGAGAGAAAAUAUAUGAGGAAAACUUGUGGAAUGUGUGGGAAUUUUGAUGGACAGGAACUAAAUGAGUUUCUGAGUGAAGGUAAAUUGCUGGAUGCAUACCAAUUUGCCACUUUACAAAAAAUGGAUGACCCGUCAGAGAUCUGCCCCUCUGAGGAGAUGGCAAUUCCCAGUAUUCCUCGCAAAAAAUAUGCCAGGAUCUGCUCCCAGCUGCUCAACCUUGUGUCUCCAGCUUGCAACGUGUCCAAGAAAGCGUUUGUUAUCCGUUGUCAGCUUGAUAUGCAGGACUGUAGUGAUCAAGGGCAAAGAAACUGUACUUGUGCUACACUGUCAGAGUACUCUAGGCAAUGUGCCAUGUCCAAUCAAGCAGUGUCUGAUUGGAGGAGUGCAGACUUCUGCUCUGUAGGAAAAUGUUCAGCUGACCAAAUCUACAAGGAGUGCGGUUCUCCAUGUGUUAAAACCUGUUCCAACCCAGAGUACAGCUGUUCCAGUUACUGUACAUAUGGUUGCUUUUGCCCAGAAGGCACUGUUCUUGAUGACAUCUCAAAAAAUCGAACAUGUGUUCCCAUUGACCAGUGCCCAUGUACACUGAAUGGGGAGAGAUAUGAUCCUGGCGUUACCAUGAAAGCAACAUGCAGGACCUGUAAAUGUACAAUGGGCCAGUGGAAUUGCAAUGAACUACCCUGCCCAGGAAGGUGUUCCCUGGAGGGAGGCUCCUUUGUCACCACGUUUGAUUCCAGGUCAUAUAGGUUUCAUGGAGUCUGCACAUACAUCCUCAUGAAGAGUUCCAGCCUUCCAUACAAUGGAACCCUGAUGGCUGUGUAUGAUAAAUCUGGUUACUCUCAUUCUGAAACAUCCUUAACUGCUAUAAUUUACCUUUCUGCAAAGGACAAAAUUGUGAUUUCUCAAAAUGAACUUCUCACAGAUGAUGAACUCAAGUGGCUGCCUUAUAGAUCAGGUGACAUCACCAUUUUCAGACAGUCGUCCACCCACAUUCAAAUGUACACCACCUUUGGGCUGGAGCUAAUAGUUCAAACUUGGCCAGUGUUUCACGUCUAUAUAAAAGUUGGACUUCUCUUCAAAGGCAGAACUCUAGGGUUGUGUGGCAAUUACAAUGGAGACACUACAGAUGAUUUCAUGACCAGCAUGGAUAUUAUUGAAGGCACAGCAGCCCUGUUUGUGGACUCCUGGAGAUCAGGGAACUGCCACUCUGCUGCAGAGAGGGACACAGACCCUUGCUCUAUGAGUCAAUUGAACAAAAUGUCUGCAGAGACCCAUUGCUCCAUUCUUACUAAGAAGGGCACAGUGUUUGAGAAAUGCCAUUCUGUGGUGAAUCCUGCUCCUUUUUACAAGAGAUGCAUCUACCAAGCCUGUAACUAUGAGGAGACCUUUCCUUAUAUUUGUUCUGCCCUGGGAUCGUAUGCAAGAGUGUGUGCUUCAAUGGGGCUGAUCCUUGUAAACUGGAGGGACACUGUAGACAACUGCACCAUUUCCUGUACAGGCAAUCAGACAUUCAGUUACCACACUGAAGCCUGUGAUAGGACGUGCCUGUCACUUUCCGACCAAACCCUGGAAUGUUAUCCUACUGACAUCCCUAUUGAUGGCUGCAACUGUCCUAAAGGUACCUACUUGAACCACAGAAGUGAAUGUGUGCGUAAAUCCAUGUGUCCCUGCUACCUGGAAGAUAAGAGAUUCAUCCUACCUGACCAGUCGACUAUAAUUGGUGGCAUUACGUGCUAUUGUGUUAAUGGAAAGAUGAGUUGCACUGGUAAACCUCAAGACCCUGCAGAAAACUGCAAGCCUCCCAAAAAAUAUGUGUCAUGUUCACAGAACUCAGAGAACAAAUAUGGAGCCUCCUGUUCCCCUACCUGUCAGAUGCUGGCCACUGGAAUUGAAUGUGUACCCACUAGGUGUGAAUCAGGCUGUGUCUGCAGUGAUGGGCUGUAUGAGAAUCUAGAUGGAAUGUGUGUACCACCUGAUGAAUGUCCCUGUGAAUAUGGUGGUAUCUCUUAUAAAAAAGGGGAAGAAAUCCACACCGAAUGCAAAACCUGCACCUGUACAAGAGGCAAAUGGAAAUGUGUUCAGAAAUCUAAAUGCUCCUCAACAUGUACCCUGUAUGGAGAAGGACAUGUCACCACUUUUGAUGGACAGCGCUUUGUGUUUGACGGCAACUGCGAAUACAUACUAGCUACGGAUGGUUGCGGUAUGAACAGCUCUCGCUCCACCUUUAAAAUUGUGACUGAGAAUGUCAUCUGUGGGAAAUCAGGAGUCACCUGUUCCAGGUCCAUCAAGAUCCACCUUGAGAAUAUGACACUUAUACUGGCAGAGGAAACCUACUUUGUAUAUGGGGACAAUCCUCUGACACAAUUCCACGUGAAAAAGAAUGCCCUUCACCUGAUGUUCGAUAUCAUUAUCCCAGGAAAAUACAACAUGACUCUUAUCUGGAACAAGCACAUGAAUAUUUUCAUCAAGAUCUUCAGAGAAGCACAGGAUCACCUCUGCGGUUUGUGUGGGAAUUACAAUGGGAACAUGAGAGAUGACUUUGAAACUCGAAGCAAAUACGUGGCAGCAAAUGAACUGGAGUUUGUAAAUUCUUGGAAGGAAAAUCCUAUGUGCGGGGAUGUGUUCUUUGUAGUUGAUCCCUGUAGCAAGAACCCUUAUCGUAAAGCCUGGGCAGAGAGGAAGUGUUCCAUCAUCAACAGUCAGGUCUUUGCUCCAUGUCACAGUAAGGUAUACCGCAUGCCUUAUUAUGAUGCCUGUGUCCGAGACUCCUGUGGGUGUGACUCGGGAGGAGACUGCGAAUGCAUGUGUGAUGCCAUUGCAGUGUAUGCCAAGGCAUGCUUAGAUGUAGGUGUCUGCAUUGACUGGAGAGCCCCAGAGUUCUGUCCCGUCUAUUGUGACUACUUCAACACACACCAAAAGUCAGAUAGUGAGGGCACCUAUAGCUACAAUUAUUGGGAUGAACAAAAUUGCACCUGGCAUUACCGACCUUGUAAUUGCCCACAGCAAAACUACAAAUAUGUCAACAUUGAAGGCUGUUACAACUGCUCACACAAUGAAUACUUUGAUCACGAGGAGGGACAGUGCAAGCCCUGCACAGGACAUGAGCCCAUUAGGACGACCCCUGAAACCUCUACACCUUCAACAGUAACAACAGUACAAACUAAAACACCAAGAAGCACUACUACAGUUGAAACAACAGCUACUACCAUACCACCAGCAGCCACUACAUCUACAGAGUCCACCAUGCACACUAUUUUAAGCACUGCACCAACCACCCUAUCUACUACAAAAGUAACCAUAAAAACACCUAUCACAAUCAAAUCCACUACUCACUCCAUACCAGUAACCACCGUUACGAAAAAGACAACACUGUCAACUACCCCAGUCAUAACAGUAACUGAGAUUACUUCACCAAUAACCACCAGCAAAACAACCAUAUCACCAACCUCAGAAAAACCAGUCACCCCUACAGUCACAGUCAUCUCAACAACUGCAAAGAAACUUACAACUCCACGUAUGACAACAACCAUUACAACACCAACUAUUACAAAGACAUCACCAACUACUUCAUCACUGCCUACUGCUUACACUAGGUCAACGAAAACCAGAAAAACUGCAACGCCAACUAUACACAUGACUGAACCUCUUACAACGACAUAUCUACCCACAAGCUCAACGGAGAGCACCGCAUCAGAGUCCACCACCCCAAGCACCGUAAAAACAACUACACUGACAACAGUUUCUCCAACUACUACGACAACUAAGUCCACAACGCGAACAACACCAGCAGUAACUAAGACCGCAGAAACCCCAACACCGAGAAGUACCAGGAAAACAACACCAACCACAUCUGUCUCUACAACCUCCAAAACCACUGCGUCAACAGAAUCCAGCCCAACCUCCUCAGCCAAAACAAGUCGAAGAAGCACAACUCUGACAAGCACUACAUCUUCCACCAAGUCUACUGAAACCAGUACAACCGCCAUACCAACUACACCCACAACCCUCACUCUCACCACGACUCCCUUCUCCACUACCUCACCAGAGACCACAACAUCAAAGUCAACCCCUACCAUUUCCACUACCUUUACCACUCCCACCACAACCACCACACCAACUACACUCACAACUUUCACUCUGACGACGACGGCCCCGACCAGUACUUCUCCGGAGACCACCGCAUCAGAGUCCACCACUGCAACCACUGUAAAAAUAACUACGCUGAUGACAGUUUCUCCAACUACUACGUCAAUUAAGUCCACAACGCGAUCAACACCAACAGUAACUAAGACCGCAGAAACCCCAACAACGAGAAGUACCAGAAAAACAACACCAACCACAUCUGUCUCUACAACAUCCAAAACCACUGCAUCAACAGUAUCCAGCCAAACCUCCUCAGCCAAAACAAGUCGAGGAAGCACAACUCUGACAAGGACUACAUCUUCCACCAAGUCUACUGAAACCAGUACAACCACCAUACCAACGACACCCACAACCCUCACUCUCACCACGACUCCCUCCUCCACUAGCUCACCAGUGAGCACAACAUCAAAGUCAACCCCUACCACUUCCACUACAUUUACCACGCCCACCACAACCACCACACCAACUACACUCACAACCGUCACUCUGACGACGACGGCCUCGACCAGUACUUCUCCGGAGACCACCGCAUCUGAGUCCACCACCGCAAGCACAGUAAAAAUAACUAUGCUGACGACAGUUUCUCCAACUACUACGUCAACUAAGUCCACAACUGGGGCAACACCAACAGGAAAAGAGCCAACGAUACCUACUACUCCAUCCUCACCUGUAACUAAGACCACAGAAACCCCAACAACGAAAAGUACCAGGAAAACAACACCAACCACAUCUGUCUCUACAACCUCCAAAACCACUGCGUCAACAGAAUCCAGCCCAACCUCCUCAGCCAAAACAAGUCGAAGAAGCACAACUCUGACAAGGACCACAUCUUCCACCAAGUCUCCUGAAACCAGUACAACCGCCAUACCAACGACACCCACAACCCUCACUCUCACCACGACUCCCUUCUCCACUACCUCACCAGAGAGCACAACAUCAAAGUCAACCCCGACCACUUCCACUACAUUUACCACGCCCACCACAACCACCACACCAACUACACUCACAACCGUUACUCUGACGACGACAGCCCCGACCAGUACUUCUCCAGAGACCACCGCGUCUGAGUCCACCACCGCAAGCACCGUAAAAAUCACUACGCUGACGACAGUUUCUCCAUCUACUACGUCAACUAAGUCCACAACGCGAUCAACACCAACAGUAACUAAGACCACAGAAACCCCAACAACGAGAAGUACCAGGAAAACAACACCAACCACAUCUGUCUCUACAACCUCCAAAACCACUGCGUCAACAGAAUCCAGCCCUACCUCCUCAGCCAAAACAAGUCGAAGAAGCACAACUCUGACAAGGACCACAUCUUCCACCAAGUCUCCUGAAACCAGUACAACCGCCAUACCAACGACACCCACAACCCUCACUCUCACCACGACUCCCUUCUCCACUACCUCACCAGAGAGCACAACAUCAAAGUCAACCCCGACCACUUCCACUACAUUUACCACGCCCACCACAACCACCACACCAACUACACUCACAACUUUCACUCUGACGACGACGGCCCCGACCAGUACUUCUCCGGAGACCACCGCAUCUGAGUCCACCACCGCAAGCACCGUAAAAAUCACUACGCUGACGACAGUUUCUCCAACUACUACGUCAACUAAGUCCACAACGCGAUCAACACCAACAGUAACUAAGACCACAGAAACCCCAACAACGAAAAGUACCAGGAAAACAACACCAACCACAUCUGUCUCUACAACCUCCAGAACCACUGCGUCAACAGAAUCCAGCCCAACCUCCUCAGCCAAAACAAGUCGAAGAAGCACAACUCUGACAAGGACCACAUCUUCCACCAAGUCUCCUGAAACCAGUACAACCGCCAUACCAACGACACCCACAACCCUCACUCUCACCACGACUCCCUUCUCCACUACCUCACCAGAGAGCACAACAUCAAAGUCAACCCCGACCACUUCCACAACAUUUACCACGCCCACCACAACCACCACACCAACUACACUCACAACCGUCACUCUGACGACGACAGCCCCGACCAGUACUUCUCCGGAGACCACCGCCUCUGAGUCCACCACCGCAAGCACCGUAAAAAUCACUACGCUGAUGACAGUUUCUCCAUCUACUACGUCAACUAAGUCCACAACGCGAUCAACACCAACAGUAACUAAGACCACAGAAACCCCAACAACGAAAAGUACCAGGAAAACAACACCAACCACAUCUGUCUCUACAACCUCCAAAACCACUGCGUCAACAGAAUCCAGCCCAACCUCCUCAGCCAAAACAAGUCGAAGAAGCACAACUCUGACAAGGACCACAUCUUCCACCAAGUCUCCUGAAACCAGUACAACCGCCAUACCAACGACACCCACAACCCUCACUCUCACCACGACUCCCUUCUCCACUACCUCACCAGAGAGCACAACAUCAAAGUCAACCCCGACCACUUCCACUACAUUUACCACGCCCACCACAACCACCACACCAACUACACUCACAACCGUCACUCUGACGACGACAGCCCCGACCAGUACUUCUCCGGAGACCACCGCCUCUGAGUCCACCACCGCAAGCACCGUAAAAAUCACUACGCUGACGACAGUUUCUCCAUCUACUACGUCAACUAAGUCCACAACGCGAUCAACACCAACAGUAACUAAGACCGCAGAAACCCCAACAACGAGAAGUACCAGGAAAACAACACCAACCACAUCUGUCUCUACAACCUCCAAAACCACUGCGUCAACAGAAUCCAGCCCAACCUCCUCAGCCAAAACAAGUCGAAGAAGCACAACUCUGACAAGGACCACAUCUUCCACCAAGUCUCCUGAAACCAGUACAACCGCCAUACCAACGACACCCACAACCCUCACUCUCACCACGACUCCCUUCUCCACUACCUCACCAGAGAGCACAACAUCAAAGUCAACCCCGACCACUUCCACUACCACGCCCACCACAACCACCACACCAACUACACUCACAACUGUCACUCUGACGACGACGGCCCCGACCAGUACUUCUCCGGAGACCACCGCAUCUGAGUCCACCACCGCAAGCACCGUAAAAAUCACUACGCUGACGACAGUUUCUCCAACUACUACGUCAACUAAGUCCACAAUGCGAUCAACACCAACAGUAACUAAGACCACAGAAACCCCAACAACGAAAAGUACCAGGAAAACAACACCAACCACAUCUGUCUCUACAACCUCCAGAACCACUGCGUCAACAGAAUCCAGCCCAACCUCCUCAGCCAAAACAAGUCGAAGAAGCACAACUCUGACAAGGACCACAUCUUCCACCAAGUCUCCUGAAACCAGUACAACCGCCAUACCAACGACACCCACAACCCUCACUCUCACCACGACUCCCUUCUCCACUACCUCACCAGAGAGCACAACAUCAAAGUCAACCCCGACCACUUCCACUACAUUUACCACGCCCACCACAACCACCACACCAACUACACUCACAACCGUCACUCUGACGACGACAGCCCCGACCAGUACUUCUCCGGAGACCACCGCCUCUGAGUCCACCACCGCAAGCACCGUAAAAAUCACUACGCUGACGACAGUUUCUCCAUCUACUACGUCAACUAAGUCCACAACGCGAUCAACACCAACAGUAACUAAGACCACAGAAACCCCAACAACGAAAAGUACCAGGAAAACAACACCAACCACAUCUGUCUCUACAACCUCCAAAACCACUGCGUCAACAGAAUCCAGCCCAACCUCCUCAGCCAAAACAAGUCGAAGAAGCACAACUCUGACAAGGACCACAUCUUCCACCAAGUCUCCUGAAACCAGUACAACCGCCAUACCAACGACACCCACAACCCUCACUCUCACCACGACUCCCUUCUCCACUACCUCACCAGAGAGCACAACAUCAAAGUCAACCCCGACCACUUCCACUACAUUUACCACGCCCACCACAACCACCACACCAACUACACUCACAACCGUCACUCUGACGAUGACAGCCCCGACCAGUACUUCUCCGGAGACCACCGCCUCUGAGUCCACCACCGCAAGCACCGUAAAAAUCACUACGCUGACGACAGUUUCUCCAUCUACUACGUCAACUAAGUCCACAACGCGAUCAACACCAACAGUAACUAAGACCGCAGAAACCCCAACAACGAGAAGUACCAGGAAAACAACACCAACCACAUCUGUCUCUACAACCUCCAAAACCACUGCGUCAACAGAAUCCAGCCCAACCUCCUCAGCCAAGACAAGUCGAAGAAGCACAACUCCGACAAGGACCACAUCUUCCACCAAGUCUCCUGAAACCAGUACAACCGCCAUACCAACUACACCCACAACCCUCACUCUCACCACGACUCCCUUCUCCACUACCACACCAGAGACCACAACAUCAAAGUCAACCCCUACCACUUCCACUACCACGCCCACCACAACCACCACACCAACUACACUCACAACUGUCACUCUGACGACGACGGCCCCGACCAGUACUUCUCCGGAGACCACCGCAUCUGAGUCCACCACCGCAAGCACCGUAAAAAUCACUACGCUGACGACAGUUUCUCCAUCUACUACGUCAACUAAGUCCACAACGCGAUCAACACCAACAGUAACUAAGACCGCAGAAACCCCAACAACGAGAAGUACCAGGAAAACAACACCAACCACAUCUGUCUCUACAACCUCCAAAACCACUGCGUCAACAGAAUCCAGCCCAACCUCCUCAGCCAAGACAAGUCGAAGAAGCACAACUCCGACAAGGACCACAUCUUCCACCAAGUCUCCUGAAACCAGUACAACCGCCAUACCAACUACACCCACAACCCUCACUCUCACCACGACUCCCUUCUCCACUACCACACCAGAGACCACAACAUCAAAGUCAACCCCUACCACUUCCACUACCACGCCCACCACAACCACCACACCAACUACACUCACAACUGUCACUCUGACGACGAAGGCCCCGACCAGUACUUCUCCGGAGACCACCGCAUCUGAGUCCACCACCGCAAGCACCGUAAAAAUCACUACGCUGACGACAGUUUCUCCAACUACUACGUCAACUAAGUCCACAACGCGAUCAACACCAACAGUAACUAAGACCACAGAAACCCCAACAACGAAAAGUACCAGGAAAACAACACCAACCACAUCUGUCUCUACAACCUCCAGAACCACUGCGUCAACAGAAUCCAGCCCAACCUCCUCAGCCAAAACAAGUCGAAGAAGCACAACUCUGACAAGGACCACAUCUUCCACCAAGUCUCCUGAAACCAGUACAACCGCCAUACCAACGACACCCACAACCCUCACUCUCACCACGACUCCCUUCUCCACUACCUCACCAGAGAGCACAACAUCAAAGUCAACCCCGACCACUUCCACUACAUUUACCACGCCCACCACAACCACCACACCAACUACACUCACAACCGUCACUCUGACGACGACAGCCCCGACCAGUACUUCUCCGGAGACCACUGCCUCUGAGUCCACCACCGCAAGCACCGUAAAAAUCACUACGCUGACGACAGUUUCUCCAUCUACUACGUCAACUAAGUCCACAACGCGAUCAACACCAAAAGGUAAACAAACCUCCACCAUAGGAGAUUGA